AUGUCUAUCCCUACCGACCUUCCACCUGUGACACUGCUCUUGCAAGAGGUCCAAACGGUGACUUCUGCAAUGAGGAGAAACCAAAGGUGGGCAUCGACAUCCUCGUCAUCUUAUGCAUCAUCUUCGGCGCCCUCUCUUCGAUCUCAUAGGACUGGUAGACAAGGAUUGGGAAGGAGCGGUAGUAGAAGAGGUGGAAGGGGAAGUGAAGGUGCACUCGACGAAGGUGAUUUGAUGGAUGGAUUCAUUGAACUUCGAAGAGCGUUGAGUGGUGUCAGAGAUAUAACAGCAUUAUCACCACUAGAUCUAUGUUCACCUUUCUUAGCUUUAAUCCGAUCACCCCUCACUUCAGGACCAAUAACAUCACUCUCAUUAGCUUCAUUAAACUCAAUAAUCUUAUCCGUCCUUCCGCUAUACCUGACAGCGCCAUCUUUGGAUAUUAAAUCUGCGACACCACUACAAUCAACUUUGAUACAUAUCACAUCAGCACUUUCGCAAUGUAGAUUUCCGAGCUCAUCACCACAACAAGACGAAUUGGUCUUAAUUCGAUUACUCAGAGUCAUUGAUACUCUGACUGUACCCAUUCCUGUGCCCAUUGAUAAUUCGAAGCUGAAAGGAAUAGGUAAUAUGCUGGAUCACAUGGGAGAUGAAAGCGUUUGUGAAUUGUUGGAAGUUGGUUUAGGAAUGUUAGCAAGAGCUAGAUUGGGUGAGAGCGUUAGAAAUGCAGCUCAGACUUGCGUACAAGGUAUAACAAGAGCUUGUUUCGUCAGGUUGAAAGUCCUCCAACCGGAAGAUGUUCAAAGAUCAUUAGAAGCGAAUGACAAUGUUCAAGUGAAGACGGUAAUAAAGGAAGAAGCUGAACAACAGCCGAAAGAAGACAAAAUUGAGGAGCAGAAUAUUCAAGUCAAAACAGAUCAUGACACGGACAAUGUGGAGAAGCAGAGUGAAUCGCAUCCAAAAGAAGAACAACUGCAGGUAUUGGCGGAUAAGAAGGAUACAGCCGAACCUUCACCUACUUUGUUCACACCAUAUGGUCUGCCGACUAUCCUUGAGCUUUUACGAGUUCUGAUUGCAUUACUGAAUCCUUCGGAUCAAGCUCACACCGACUCAAUGAGAUUAUCUGCGUUGGCUAUACUGAACACAGCGUUGGAAGUAGGUGGAUCAAGUCUGGGUAAAUGGCCUGAGCUUCGAGAAGGUGUCAGAGACGAAGGAUGUCGGUACUUGUUCCAACUUACUCGAUCCGACUCCCCUUUACUCCUCGCUCAAUCGCUACGAACCACAUCGACCCUCUUCUCGACCCUCUUACCACAAUUGAAACUCCAACUUGAACUAUUCCUCUCCUACCUAAUCGACCGUUUGACACCUCCAUACCCUUCGCCUAUUCCAACACACCUCCUUGGGCGAUCAGAUCCCACUUCUCGUCCUGGGACACCAAGCCUCGGAGGUUCUCAAGUAGACGGUCGGUCUACGCCUGUAAACGGAGACAAGCCUCCAGCAGAAUCCCCAGCCGCUUCAACUCCUCGACCACUCAGUAUGCUGCCGCCGGUACCGAAUGAGACUAAAGAACUCAUGUUGGAUACGCUCACGCAAGUCGCUCUGAGACCAAGUUUUAUGGUGGAUUGUUGGGUCAACUUUGACUGUUCUACUGAGAGUGAAGAUAUAUUCGAACGCUUGAUCACAUUUUUGACAAGAGGUGUAUAUCCUUCCGGACCUCCGAAAGCAGAUGGAUCGUCUAAUCUUUUCGAUGGCCUCGAUAACACACAGCUUCUUUCACUGGAGAUCUUGUUAUCAUUUAUCAGCUCUAUGGCCGAUCGAUUAGAUGGCUCGGAAGAACCUUGGCCUCCGCAAUACGUAGGAUAUGAUGUAUUGACGAAUCAGAAAUCUCGUAAAGGAGUAUUGUUGACUGGAGCAUCAUUGUUCAACCAGAAGCCAAAGAAUGGUCUUGCUUUCCUAGAGAAAGAGGGAAUGAUCAUCCCCGACUCUAAUGGAGAAAUAACUGAAGAAAACAAGAACGUGGCAAUCGCCAAAUAUCUAAGGGGUUCAAGUAGAUUAGACAAGAAAUUGUUAGGUGAAUUUAUCAGUAGACCUGAUCAAUUGGGAUUAUUGAGAGCUUUUAUCGGUUUAUUCGAUUUCAAAGGAAAAUCAGUCGCAGAUGCGAUGAGAGAAUUACUUGAAACUUUCAGACUGCCCGGUGAAGCUCAACCAAUAGCCAGAAUAACGGAAACUUUUGCUGAACAUUUCUUCUCCUUCAAGCCUGAGGAAAUCGUCGAUCAAGAUGCAGUAUACGUGCUUGCCUACUCGGUGAUCAUGCUCAACACAGAUUUGCAUAAUCCCCAAAACAGGAAACGAAUGACCAUUGAGGAUUACAGAAAGAAUCUUCGAGGAGUCAACGGUGGAAAAGAUUUCCCUCCCGAGUACCUCGCGGGUAUACAUGAAUCGCUGAAGAAAAGAGAGAUUAUCUUGCCAGAAGAGCAUGCUGGUCAACAUGGAUUCGAAUACGCUUGGAAAAGCUUGAUGCAGAGGUCCAGAACAGCUGGCCCCAUGAUAUCCUGUAAUACUGCGACUUUCGACGAAGCAAUGUUCAAAAUCUCAUGGCAACCUCUUAUAUCGUCAUUCGCAUAUGCCUUCACCACGUCAGCGCAGGAUGAACAUGUCAUCCAAAAAGCUAUAACAGGAUUCCGACAAUGUGCAUCAUUAGCAGGGCAUUUCAGACUUUUAGAGGUCUUUGACACUAUCGUUCAAUCACUUUCCAAUGCAACGGGACUACUGGACGAAACAGAUGAUGGAUAUCAAAUGUCAAAUUACCCAUUAGUCGAAAAAGAAGGACAAUCGGUCACUGUUUCGCCAUUGUCAAUCCGGUUUGGACAAUCAUACAGAUCGCAAUUAGCUACUGUCGUAUUAUUCACCAUCGCCAAUGGUAAUGGGUCAGCAAUAAGAGAAGGAUGGUACCAGAUUUUCGAAAUGUUCCAAACCUUAUUCUUGCAUCAAUUGUUACCUGCGCCAAUGUUACAAAUGGAAGAUUUCCUAGCUGGAACGACAACAAUCCCAAUGAAAGCAUCAGUUCCUGCACCAACCCAAGAACGAAGAUCCGAAGGAGGAUUACUAUCUACUCUAUCAAGCUAUUUACUCAGUCCUUACGCUCAAAGUGCAGAAGCAAUAGUGAUGGAGACAUCGGACGAAGACGUCGAAAAUACUUUAGUAGCAGUUGACUGUUUAUCAAGUUGUAAAUUGGAGGAAUUGUAUGCUGAAAUAUUGAGCCUGGAUGUGGAAGCUCUCAUUCCUGCACUUCGUGCAAUCCGCUUCCUUGCCGAAUCAAGGACUACAGCUAAACUCCAAGCCAGGUCUGAAGUGAGAGGUGAAACAGGUUCCCCUGUGUUAGUAAGAUUUGAGGGGCAAUUACCGUAUGAUCCUGCUUGUGUUUUCCAUCUCGAAAUGAUGGUCAGCUUGGCAAGUAGAAGUAAGGAGAACAUAGCGGAGACAUGGCCGAUUAUCUUCGAAUAUAUCUCCUCAUUGUUAUCAUCUGCCCAGUCUUACAGCGUCUUACUCAUCGAGCGGGCGGUGGUUGGCUUACUACGUCUAUGUCUGAUCGUUUCAGAGACACCGGAUCUCCGUGAUCAGCUCUAUAUCGCACUUGAUGUUCUGCGAUCGCUCCCCUCGACGGUCCUCAACUCGGUGUCGGAACAAUUGAUGGCUGGAGUAGCACGAAUCUUAGAAAAGGACACCACAGUAGUCUCCUCCCAAACUGAAUGGAACCUCGUUAUCGCAUUAUUCAGGGCGACAGUAGCUCAUCCAGAAGCUAGUAAAGUUACCUUGACAAUAGUGCAGAAAAUGGCUUCGUCUUCUGAUAAAAAUGGACCUGGAUUGACAAGUGAUAAUUACGCUGGAACAGUAGCUCUUUUAGACGAAUUCGCCACUGCUGCAGGAGCUGCUGCUGCCAAUAGAUCUCAACAGAAUAGAAGAGCUUCUUUAAGUCCCAGUCAGAACACCACUUUGGGUCCCACUGUUGAAAGAGGAUUGACAGCUCUUGACUCAUUGUAUGAUCUGCGAAAUGUCAUUCCGGGUUUAAUGUCUUCGAGUGACAUGAAUGAGAACGAUGCUUUCAACACGUUCUGGUUACCACCAUUAUUGGUUAUUGGAAAACAAUGUAUCAAUGGAUGUCAAUCAAUCCGACAACGCGCAAUAUCCUAUUUACAGAGAUUGUUGUUGUCACCUCAACUGUUAUCAGGAUCAGAAUCUAUCUUACCUACUAUAUUCGAUAGAGUACUUUUCCCAGUGCUAGAAGAGCUGUUAAAACCUCAAAAUCACGAAAGAGAUCCAAGAGGAAUGAAUGAAACUAGAUUGAAAGCCGCAACGUUACUAUGUAAGAUUUUCUUACAGUAUGUUGUGAGACUAGUAGAGAAAGGAAAUGCGAAAAUGGUUGAAGGCCUUUUCGUUGGUGUGUUGGAUAAAUUGGAAAGAUUCAUGAGAGGUGAAAGGGAUUUACUGAAUGAAGCUUCCGAAUCACUCAAAAACGUCGUAUUAGUAAUGCACUCUUCAAACCUCCUCUUACCGCCACCGGCUCAAGGGCUCGAAGAUAAACGUACACCUGAACAAAUCGAAUUAUGGGGGAAAACAGUCGCAAGAAUAGAAAGAGUGUUACCUGGAUUCCUGGAUGAGGCCAUACCGCCUUCACAACAACAAGUCGAAGCUCCACUGGCAGGACAAGACGGUAGACAACAAGUUUAG